AGUUUUAAUUUUGAAAGAGCCGUUGUUAUUAACUCACUUUCUGGAGGUCCAAAGGCUAUUGAAAUAUUAUCAUUGAAGCAGUUAAUAUAAAUGGACGUAUUAUCAACAUAAAAAGAAAUUACAAGUUUUUGAUAUAUAUGUGCGGUACUCUAAAACCCCUCAAAAAAACCUUACCUUAAUAAACAACGUGAUACCAAAUAUAACAAUCUUCAUAUAAUUCUGAAUAAUUUUUUUGUUCCUAUUGGAUAAAGAAUUAUAAUUCACAAAAUCUGGACUUGUUUCCACAAGCAAUUUAUAUUCAAUUAGUUGGUUAAGGAAUGCCUGUGUUUAUACAGCAGAAACAAAGUACAUCUAUACAACAUUGGAGAUAUACUCAAUAUCGUUUAACCAUACAACAUUGGAGAUUAUAUCAUAUCAAUAACUAUAUUAUCAGCAAAAGCGUCAAGAAAUAUCCUUUGUGCAAAAGGAGUUGAACGAAACUUUAAUCAAAUCACUUGGAAGUAUCAUACUCACAACAUUCGUUAUUUGAAAUAAAUAA